GCCCUCUCACCCCAAAAAGAUUCCCCACCCCUGAUCUAGCCCCGCCAAGCUCUGUGUUUGCUUUAAAUGUAUGUUAACUCCAGUUUCAUUAAAGGAGAAAAGGAACAUUUUCUGGCUCUGAAUGUUGCAGGAGAGCCAUGGACAUUGGAGCACAUGCGUUUGAGAAAGCUCAGGACUAGAGGAAAUGGCUUAGACACGUACCAAAGCCAGUUUUUGGAACUUCAUCAAAGACUGUUAUAUGCUGAAAAAGAAAAUAAAAAAAGAUCUCGUGAGUUGAGCAUUGUCUUGGAUGCAAUUAAGCUGGUAGUUGCAGAGAGACUGAACUCUACAGCAAAUCAUACAGAUGCCAUGAAGUUGAAAAUGUCAAAUUUUACCAGCAAACUCCCUUUGCAUCUUACAAACAUAUACUACUACUUACCUCACCUCCAGGAGCAUGAAAACAGCCUUUACCCAAAUGUUGUCAUUGGACAAGGGAGAAUAGGAGUCUCCCUGGUGAUGGGUAUUCCUACUGUGAAAAGGGAAAAACAGAGUUAUCUGAUGGGCACGUUGAACUCUCUCUUCUAUGAGAUGUCUUCAGAGCAGAAGAAUGAUUGUGUAGUGGUUAUCUUUGUAGCAGAGGUGAAUGCAGAGUAUGUUAACAGUAUUGCAGAAAGUGUUAGAACCAGCUUCCCUAACGAAGUGCAGUCGGGUGUUCUUGAGGUUAUUUCCCCUCUUGCAUCCUAUUACCCAGACCUCUCUAAUCUCAAGGAAACAUUUGGGGACUCAAAGGAAAGAGUAAGGUGGAGAACUAAACAGAAUUUGGAUUAUAGCUUUUUAAUGCUUUAUGCACAACCUAAGGGAACAUUUUAUUUACAGCUAGAAGAUGAUAUUGUAGCCAAACCUCAAUAUUUUCAGAAAAUAAAAACCUUUGCUCUUUCAAAGCCCUCCGAUGAGUGGAUAAUUCUUGAAUUCUCUCAGCUUGGAUUUAUUGGAAAAUUGUUUAGAACUAAAGAUUUACCACUCAUAGUAGAAUUCUUUUUAAUGUUCUACAAAGAUAAGCCCAUAGACUGGCUUCUAGAUCAUCUACUCUGGGUUAAAGUAUGCAAUCCAGAAAAGGAUCCAGUAAGUAUUUCUAUAUUUUAUUACUUCAAAAUAAAUUACAUUAGAAACCACACAAAAGUAAAAAUCCCUAGAACAUGUUUAUGCAGUUUCAAAUUUAAGUUGUAGGGGAUUGUAUUGUAAUGUGAUUCAAAAUAUAAUUUAACUGAACUUGAUGAGCUUGGUCAUCUCUUGUGUUAAUAGUUAGAUUUCACUCUAUAAUGAAAUAAGCAUUAUUAAUUAGUAAAGGCCAUGGGUGUCCAGUAUCCUAGGUGAGGAAAGGCAAAGCCUUCCCAAACAGCCAGGCAUAGCCCUGCCCACACUCCACCCCCGAACACCUGCUGUAGGCAUUCUGGUGACAGAGUGUUGUGGCCCCCAAGCAUCCUCCCUCACCAGUGUUCCAGGGUCAGGGGAAUUUUGCCUACACAGCCUCCUCCCUCGACAGUGUGCUGGGGAGGCUGGGGCCAUGCAACCU